UGUACAUCUCUUCAGUUCAAACCCUGAACGCAUACUGUCCACCUGAGAGGACAUAAACAAAUCUAUUUGAAAAAAAUAGAUUAAAAAAAAAUAAAGUUCAAAUCUUGUUUUUCAAGCCCCAAGAGCAAUAAAAACCCUUGGUACAAACAUCCUGACUGAGGUUUUCAUAAUUCAUGAGAUAAACCAUUUUCAGUAAAUCUCGGUUUAAGCUGUCAUUAACUCCUGGUCUCUCUGCAUUUCCUCUCAGGGUUUCCAGGUGUUGUGUGACCUGGCGAAUGGCUUUGCAGGCCUGGGGUCAAAGGUCACAGAGAUGCUACAGGACUCCUAUGGUGGGAGGGGCAUCCUGACCUGGGGGUUAGCGCCUGUCAGUCACCCGGAUUCAACCCCCAUGAGGGAGCUGUACCACCAGCUCAACUGCACCUUAGGGACGGUGAGCAUGGCCAGCAACAGCUCCUUCUUCUGCCCCCUCACUCUGAGGGGGGGGCUGGGCAGACGGCCCUCUGCUCCCUCUGCGUUCCCCUACCUAAACUAUGAUCCCUCCCUGUGGUACCACUCCUCCUCCGUGCUGGCCCUGGCCCUCGAUGCCCUCACCCUGCCCUACAGGCUGCACAGAGACAGCGUCCCCAUGUGGCAGAUGGCCGACUCCCUGGCCGUCUCUGGCAGGAAGGUGGUGGCUGCUUACGGUGCGGUUCCCUUACCCAUGAUGCAAGGCAGCUCUCUCCCUGACGCCCUGACUGCCUGCACAGAGGCGUUGCCCUGGAAACCUCUAUCAGCUUGCCCUGAACCCGACAACGGGCGAUUAUAUGGCCAGUGGGCGACGCUCAAAGGCUACGAGGGACAGAGGCUAACCAGGUCUGAAUUUUCUUAUUAAAUGAAUAAUGGACAGUGUUUUAAUGUAUUUUAAACCUUCACAGUGUGUCAUCAUUUAAAAAAGAGUUUUUGCACUGCUGUAGAAAACUGUCCGGCCGCCUGCACCUGCCUGGUGUGAAGUUGAUUUGAUGAAAGGUUCUUGAUAUAUGCUAAGGAUAUUUAUACAUACAUAGACGGACAUCAAAUAUUUUCCUAACCAUAGAACACUAACGAACAAUAUCACCAUUACUAAAAAAUACUCCUCAUCAAAAUACAUUUAAGUACACCAAUACAUGGCAAAUGGAAGUACUCUUCUACUGUUUUCCUCUAUACAACGUCUCAUAAAACACAAAAAAAGGAAUCAUUGGGGGAUCACUAACGAAAAGUUCCUAAAAUAAAUAAAUAAAGUCGCUGGGAACUUGUUCUUCGGUCCUCCCGUUCCUGGGACAUGUGAGCCGUGUCCGGUGAAGGCACUGUCUCCCUGCAUGUAAAAUCCACCAGAAAAAUAUUUUACGCUCAAUCACUAACAUCGGGUGAAAAUAACCCAAACACGUGCAUGUUGAAAAAAACAGGGAUGGGAGCAGGGCAACACGCCUACCCUCUGGACCAGUGGUUCUCAACUGGUCAGGCCUCGGGACCCACUCUUUCCUUUGUCAAUAAA